UAUUGGCUUGUUCAGACUUAUCAGACUCGGCGGUCGUCUAACGUGAUAAGCCCCCCGAUGUUGCAGCUCUAAACCAAAUCUAGGGACAACAAUGUUUCGGGGUUUCCGAAAACGCCACAAGAAGCGAUGGCAGCAGCAGCAGAAGGAGAUCCCGGAGCUCCUGACCGAAAGGGAGACUAUGAUUGUGUUUGUCUACGACACAGAGUGUCUCCAGGACGAGGCUGAUGAUCCUAUAGCCGCAGUCCUCUACUUUCAUCCCAGCUGGGUUUCCGACACUCAGAAGGUGGCUCUAUGUGGGCAACUGAUGGGCACCUCAUUCUUCCUCAAGGACUGCUUCUUCAAGCCUCGCAUCCUGGCCCUGCAAAAUGGCAAGUUUGUGCUCAAGGAGUUUGGACGCUUUAUUCUGGCCGUGGGAACUGAUCGAAAUAUAGGAGAUCAACUACUGGAGCAUCGUGCCGACCUAUUGAGUUCCCUGCUGAAGUUUUUCCAUCGCGACCUGCAGACCCUUUAUGACCAGUACGCCCUGCCCCCCACCCUCAACAGUCGGAAUCUCAGCGAAAAGUUGUACCACAUCUUUGAGACAUAUCUGCCGAUGCUUCACCGCAACGGAAAUACAUUCCAGAACGUGCCCAGGUUACGCAUGCCGAAGACUGCGAGUCACAUUUUCCUGGAGGCUAUACAAACGCUGCAGAGCUGCCAGCAGACAAAGGGGAUCCUGGGCGGAGCUAUUCUUUACCAUAACAAAGUGGUGGCUUCUCAGCUUAGCGAUGUGGUAACCAAGCACCUGGUUCUGGCUGAUCCACGCCACGUUCGGACCGCAGCCGAACAAGUUGCUAGCCAUGAUGAGUUCCACAUUCCCAAUGGUGUGCAAAUGCUGUUGGUGUACCUGGAGCAGCAGCAGUACCGCCAAUUGGCCAGUGAAGCCCAUCGGGCCCAGAACUUGCAGUUGAGCACGGCGCAGCUGUCCCAGAGUGGAAUGCCCUUUCAGUAUGCCAAGAGGAAGAUGAAACGCGACAAAUCGCUUAUUUUCACCCACAUCCCAGAAGAGGAAAACGCUACCGAUCCCCAACAGCAGCAGGAGGAAAAGUCGGUGCCCGCGGAGCUGCCCCCAGCCCGGCCUAAGGCUAUGCGACCCACGCACUUGCCUCUGCGGCUGAAAAGCAUGCAAAGCAAGGAUCUCCCAGAAUCUGGGAUCGCCUCCAUAAACUUCGACGAGACCGACUCCUAUCCGGAGUUCAUUGGACGCACCAGCGUGUGCAACACUCCGAUGACCGAAAACAAAGUGCUACCGGUGGCCAAUGUCAUGUCAAUUUGCGCAAAUCCCGAGGAUGAGGGAAAAGAGGAGGAUGUCCAUAACUCUAAUGGCAAAAGCCAAUCGCGCCGCAAUUCCCUCAAGAUGGACGUGGAGAAAUUCUUUCAGAACUUCAUUAGCAAUCCCAGCAAGCAGAUGACACGCCGCAAAUCGUCGGCGGACUUACAGGACGCUCUGCGGGCCAUCUCCAAGAAACUGAAUCACUUCACCCAUACCUUUAAACCGGAUGUCAACAGCAAUGGAAGUGAUAAUGACGAUGCUUCUUCCUGCUCGCCGGAUUUCAUUGAGAAUGACGAGAAGAUCCCCUCACGGACUAUUAGCGAUCCCACCUACCCGGUGUUCAACACCAACGGUCAGCAGAUCUCGCGCAACCUCUUCCAGCAGUUCCUCGACCAGUAUCGCCGACUGUGGGGUCUGGCCAGCGAGCAAUCUCACCAGGACGCCGAGCUAGCUGCUCUGGUGGCCGAGUUCAAGGAGUUCAAUGCCGAGAUCCAGAAGCUCGACGAGCACAUGCGACAGCAGGCGGCUGAGGCAGCAUCCGCGGAUAAAAACCUCAACAUUUCCUCCACCAAAACCCAAUUGGACAAGCGCUCCAUGACAUUGCCCCUGAAAUCGGCAGGAGAGUCUUCGUUUGGAGAACGAACCGGACGCAGUGGAGCUGGCGGAGUGCCGCUUACACCUCUGAUGGCCAAGCUAUCGGUCCUAGCUCUCAGUGAAACAACGCCCAUUGAGAUACAGACUCCGCUGACGAGUACGAAGGUGUUUCCCCGUCGCAGCUCCCUCAAGUGCGAGGAUGCGGUAGAUGCCUUGGCAGCCUUGCCCAAUGCUCCAGUAAAUCCUCCCCCUGGCGUUCAGGCCGAUGGACUACAUCGUACAGAGCUCUACGUAUGUGGGCAGCAGAACAUGACCUUGCUGCUGCUCAUGGAGGAGGGUACUUGUCAACAGCAACAGGUGGUUCAAAAGAUGUUUGAUGUAUGCGUUGCCAAGUUCCCUCACAUGGAAUCUCAGUUAAGUCAGACCCUGAACGUUAAUGUGGAGGGUGACAACCGUGAUGGCAGCAACUAUAGCUUCAUGUGUGUGGACUCCAAGUGGGAUGUGCUCCAACGGAAUGGACACUGGAACCCCCUCGAGCUUAAUAUCUUGGAGAGCAUGCAUUCAAUACAUGCCAGUGGUCACCAUCUCACCGAUCUUAUUCUGCGAUCUCACGACUCCGUUUACUAUGGUUACAAGUGCGGCCGGACCGAGUUCUUCUACAAGGAGCCCACUCACCAAAUCAACGGCAUUCCACCACCCUCGGAUCCCAUCGGGAACAUACAAAUGCGCGCCAAGGCGCGACUGGAACGUGAUCAUUCCUACAUGCUGUUCUAGGAUGUACAGUGGAUAGUAUAUUAUAUAUAGAAACGUAUUGAAUACUCGCAUGCUUAGCCAAAAACAGAAAUGUUAACGGGGCCCCGGAUAGAUAGCCGGGGCUUCCAAAAAAUAGCCAACAUUAUGCCAUCCGCUGUUGUUUACUUUGCGAACUCUGCGCUGAUCCCUCACCGAGUCCUGAAUUGUGGCAUGGAAGCGUUUCCAUAUCAUACUGCAACCGAAUCAAGGGAACUCAAUUUUAAAGAUACAUUUUAUUUUAACUUUUUAUACAAGCAUUUACAGGGCAAACAAUUUUAAACUAUUUCCAGCCACAAUUCGAGGGGCUCGGUGCUGGGAAUAUAACGAAUUUUCUAUAUUUUAUCUGCAGCCAGAGCAUUAGAUUAGCCUUGUUUUAUCAUUCCCUUAAUUGAUGUAGAGUACAAAAAGUUUUAAGCUUUGUUUACAAUGUCCAGCACUGUUGUUUAAUUUGUAAGCUUGUCAACUAUACAAUUAUUUAAAUUAUUUUGCAAUUGCUUUUAUAGAAGAAGUACCAAAGAAAUCGAAGGGUGUUUUUGAUUGUAAAUAUGACAAAAAAAAUAACUAUCGUAGAUUCAUUUAGAUGACUAAUUUAAUUACCUUAAACUGCACACGGAUUCUGUUCUGUCCAGAUGCAAACGUAAACUUAUCUUAGCCGUUUCUCAUUAUGAAAUAUUAAGCGCUUUGUGCCAAUAAUUAAAUGCAGGUAAAAUGCUAAAAACCGUCGAAUGGAAAGGAACUUGUAGGGACGCAUAUAAGCCAGGUUCUUUGCUCACACGUGCAAUGCUAUAGAAACAACCAACUAUUUUGAGAGUUUUGCGUUGACUUAGCUUAAAUAUACAUAAAUACCUAAACAUAACAAUAUUUAUAUAUAUACAUAUUCAUGUACGACACAAAAGAUCGUUAUUGACUUGUAGAUUUUCGAAAAUAAACCGACUAAUGUGUGGUCUGUGUUUGAGAAA